AUGGCUGCUUACUUCCACGGUAACCCACCGGAGAUCUCAGCCGGAUCUGACGGUGGUUUACAGACGUUGAUCCUCAUGAAUCCAACGACUUACGUUCCAUACACUCAACAACACAACGACUCAGACAACAACAACAACACAAACAGCAAUAACAGUUUUGUUUUCCUCGACUCCCACGCGCCGCCGCAGAACACUAGCCAACAGUUCGUCGGAAUACCACUCUCCGGCCAUGAAGCUGCUUCCAUUACAUCAUCCGACAACAUCUCUGUACUUCACGGAUACCCUUCGCGCGUGCAGUACAGUCACUACAGCAGCCACCAAGUGGAUCCCUCUCACCAGCAAGCCGCGUGUGAGACCCCACGCGCGCAUCAAGGCCUCUUCUUGACUCUCUCAUCUCAACAGCAGCAGCAACAACAUCAAAACCAUCAACAGACUCUCCACACCGUAGGAUUCGGGUCAGGACCCGGAGAGAAUAUCCGGGUCGGAUCAGGCUCUACAGGAACGGGAGUAACAAACGGACUAGUGAAUCUUGUGAGCUCCAAGUACUUGAAGGCAACACAAGAGCUUCUAGACGAAGUAGUCAAAGCUGAUUGUAAUGACAUCAACACUAAAUCUCAACUAUUCUCAUUGAAGAAAGGGACUAGUGGAAUUGAUGAUAAAGCCGUCGGAGAAUCUUCCACGGCCGCCGGAGAAGGUUCUGGUGGUGGAGGAGAAGCUUCCGGGAAAGGCACGGUGGAUCUAGGAACGGCGGAGAGGCAGGAAAUACAUAUGAGGAAAGCUAAGCUGAGUAGUAUGCUUCACGAGGUGGAGCAAAGAUACAGACAAUAUCACCAACAGAUGCAGAUGGUGAUCUCAUCAUUCGAGCAAGCGGCAGGAAUAGGUUCCGCGAAGUCAUACACGUCACUCGCACUGAAGACCAUAUCAAGACAGUUCCGGUGCUUGAAAGACACGAUCGCUGGUCAGAUAAAAGCGGCCAACAAGAGCCUUGGGGAGGAAGAUUCGGUCUCUGGUGUUGGGAGGCUCAAGUUAGUAGACCAUCAUUUGAGACAGCAAAGAGCUCUUCAGCAACUUGGAAUGAUUCAACAUCAUCCUACCAAUAAUGCUUGGAGACCUCAACGUGGUCUUCCCGAGCGUGCCGUCUCAGUUCUCCGUGCUUGGCUCUUCGAACACUUUCUUCACCCAUACCCUAAGGAUUCGGACAAGCACAUGCUAGCCAAGCAAACCGGUCUCACUCGGAGCCAGGUGUCAAACUGGUUUAUAAACGCGAGAGUUCGGCUAUGGAAACCGAUGGUGGAAGAGAUGUACACGGAGGAGAUGAAGGAGCAGGGAAAGAACAUGGGAUCCUUGGAGAAGGCACCUAACUUGGAUCAAAACAACGAAGAUUCUGCUUCUAAAUCAACCAGUAUCCACGAGAAGAGGAGCCCAAUGAGAGGAGGAGGAGGAGGAGGCGCCGACAAUUACCAUCUAAAUCCCAAUCACCUCGGUGACUUAGAAAGCGUCACCGGAAUGCAAGGAAGUCCCAAAAGGCUAAAAACAAGCGAAGAGACAAUGAUGCAGCCUAUUAAUACGGAUUUCAGCUCCAACGAGAAGCUCACAAUGAAAAUUCUAGAAGAUCGACAAGGGAUAAGAUCAGACGGUGGAUACCCUUUCAUGGGGAGUUUCGGACAAUACCAAAUGGAUGAUAUGUCAAGAUUCGAUGUAGCUGUCUCGGACCAGGAGCUCAUAACGCAAAGAUACUCAGGAAACAACAACGGCGUGUCGCUCACGUUAGGUUUGCCUCACUGUGAUAGCUUGUCGUCCACGCAUCAUCAGGGUUUCAUGCAGACCCACCAUGGGAUCCCAAUAGGGAGAAGAGUGAAAAUUGGAGAGACAGAGGAGUAUGGAGCCGCCACCAUCUCGACCACAACCGUGCAUUCAUCAGCCGCUGUUUACAAUGGGAUGAACAUGCAGAAUCAGCAGAAGCGAUAUGUGGCUCAGUUAUUGCCUGACUUCGUUGCUUAAACCCAAGAGCAACCAAAAAAGGUUAUUUAUACAUUAGUAUAUAGUUUUUUACACCACUGAACCAAACACAAAGAACAAAAUUUAAGUUUAGUCUUUGGUUAUAUAUGGCCGUCUGUAUAUUAUUUUUGUAAUUUUAUUUUCCUUUUUUGUUUUUCGUUUUUAUUGGGGGGGGAUUGGAUAGAACUAUAUGUAUAUGGGAUUAGUUACGUGUAAUAGCUUGCUUUUGGGUGUAUACCAGAUAUUACUUUCUAUUACAUUGUAUGAUAAGAUAAGAUAGUGAUGGGAGUUAUCCUAUAUGAUAUGAUGAUUACAG